GGGGUGCGCUGUUGAUUUUCGAGAUACGAGUGUAACUUCCGAUGUUCGCUAUGACGGCGACGCCCACGAGAUAAAAGUGAAGGUGUCCGAAUCCCGAAAUGGUAGUUACUCCGUGACUUCCACCCAGAAGAGGUUUAAUUUUUUGGGAAGGAAAUGGGGAAUAUCAACCACCAGGCAGUGUUGGUGUUCUUGGCCGCAUCCAUAGCAACGCAGGCCGAUUCGACAGUGUCCAGAUGUUAUCUCUGCAACAACAACUAUUGUGCCGACCCCUACGAAGCGACACUCGGUACGGUCUCCCAUUGUAUCAGGGACUUUCAACUCGGAAGACUGUCUUCCGCUUCAGAACUUGACUACGGCGUAGAUUUCGAAGCUACUGCGCAUCUAAACGGCAAGCCGGACGAUGUCGAGUUGUUAGAGGACGACGCGACCGCCAUCAGGCGGAAACUAUCCGAACUGUUCAAUUACGGCGAUGCGUCGAACUCGACCCACGAGUCGUUCGUCGACAUCAAAAGGAAAAUCUGGGAGUUGUUUAACAAAACGGGAAUCUAUUCGAGCCGAAACGAAAAAUUGCGUUUCCCGGGGGAAAAUAUAUCGAAUGUUUCGGACAGGGAAAGCGCGUUAAUGGAAACGCACGAGGAAAUCUUUGAUCUCAAGAGGAAAUUGUGGGACUUCUUUUACCGGCUCGGUAUCGAUGAACACACGCCGUUCGUGUGCGUGAAGACGAUAUACAGCUUUGAGAAUGGGCUAAAUAGGACUUACAGGGGUUGCGUACCGAACAAUCAUAAAGGGGUGGCUCCCUGUGACGCGAUCGCAAGUGUCAUCGGGGUGGAAUCAUCUCGAAUCUACGGAUGCGAAACCUGCACGAAAGACUUGUGCAACUCCGCCACCUCUUUGGGCCAGUCAGCAUUGGCGUUAGCUGUCGGUGUGGUCUUGAGAUGGUUGAUGUAGAAAUAUUUCUAUUCUAUGAUUCGAGUGGCUGCCAUCACUAAUCUUACUAAUUUCUGGACGAUGUUAAUAUUUUUUCUGGCAUUUUUUUGGUUAGGUUUGGUUUAUCGACGGUCUGGUGGAUCCGCUUUGUGUUUAAAAUACAAUGCGAUACAUUGGAACGUAGAUGAAACUGCGGAUGUGGUACGAUCGUU